AAUGUAAGCUGCGUUGAUUCCAUAACUAGGCCCAAAGGACUCUACAGAAGCCAUUUUAAUCUGUCCUGAAAAGAAACCAUUGUACUUUCUUAAGAUGGUGAUUCCUCCCAUGUUUUUGGACAGUUGUAGCAGUUUAUCAGCCGGUGCCUGACACUCCGCAUUCAGCUGUGCAUUCUCUCACAUACCCCGGAGCUUGUAGUCCUCCAAACAUCAAUCUUAUGAAUCUGAAACUGGUGUGGACCAACCCAAUUGCCAUGGCAGGUUACAGCAGGCAAAAGUGAUUUGGAGAUGGAAAGCAUUCGUGCACCAGUACAGAACUCAGAACUUCAUGUUCAGGGAGGGAGAGAGAGAAUCUAGGGUGCCAGUGAAUCUAAAGCACCAGUCACCAAAGCCUGAAAUGGCAGUACUGGAGCUAGGGUUUUAGGAUUUAGUAUUUGGGGUUUGAGUUGCAGGACUUGUCAUGGUAGCACAGCUUUGUCCCAGCCAAUUCUCAUGACUGCUGCAUGGAUUUUCAGUAAAAGCUAAAUGCAAUGCCUUUUAGUGCACUUUGGAGUAGGUACUUUUAACAAUGAAAAUGCACUAUUUGUUUUGCAGUAGUACCUACAAGCCUCAGUCAUAGACAGGACCCCUUUGUGCAAACACAGAACAAAAAAGACAGUCACUGCCACAACGAGUAUACAAUGUGUAAGGGCUUUUCUUCACAGCAGGUUACUGCCUGACAAGCCGGGGAUGAAUCUACAGCACCCCAGCUUGCUGUGCAGUAACUUCCCCUGUAGACUAGCCCUACGUACAAAUCUAAGGACAAACCUUUGCCCGCCAUAGUAUCAUGUUUUCCUUUCACUGAAGGUGAGAACCCACCAUCAUAUUUGCUGGGUUGGUGACUGCUUCCCCAGAGCCCCCCCCCCAAUCCCCUCUCCCACCCACCAAUGAGACCAAACCCAACCAGUAACACCAACAUUCAGUAAGGGAAUCCUCCAGCUGUGAAAUUAUGUUCAGCUGCAAACAGGGAUACACUAGUGAGUAGUCCAUGUAAGAUACCGAUGUGUGGUAUAAAAAGGGGGACUCCCAGGAAAAAUCCUAAAUCAAGACCCACCUGAAUUUUGGGAAAGUUUGAGAUUCAAGUCUGUCUGUAGCUUAGUGUGCAAGGCAUACACUCCGGCCCUUCAAAUAAUUCUGCAUUUGAGGCCUGAUUCUCAUUUACCCCGAUUGCUCUUCGCACCACUCUGGUAGCAUAAAGGGGACCUCAUGGAAUUGGUGCCCACUUUAAGAUCUAUUUACACUGCCAGAGUGGUGUAAAGAGGCCACAGAGUGAAUAAGCAUCAGUCUCUUGGUGUUUUAGCAGGGGGGAGCCCACAUAUCUACAUAUCUGGUUUAGACCUUAAAUACAUGAGAUAGAGAUGAGGUAUAGAGGUUUUUCCAGCAAUGGCAUGAAUGAGCCCAGAUGUGAAAGUACACUUCAUUUUGACCCCAUUGGAAACUUGUGAUUAAGGGCCACUGUUUCUAUUGAACUCAAUAGCGAGGGUCCCAUUGGCUUCAAUGGGAAUAGCUUUUGGCCCAAAUUGCUUUACAGAUGUGACUCUGUAGUCUCUUUCACAGAUUGAAAGUGAAUAAAUAGUAAUGCAACCCCUAAUGGCUGUGCAGAGAUGUCUGUAAAAGCCGCACAUCCGCAUAGCCACCGGUGAGGCUGAACUAGGUCAUUUGCUAAGGCAAAUGGCAAAGGCAAACUGAAAACUCUCAAAAGGUCCCUAAACUCUCAAAUCAACAAUCCUCCGUUUCUCUGAUCAGGGCUAGUGGGUGCUGUAAAGCCACUCAGACUCAAACAGGGCGGGGGGUAAGAGGGAGAGAGAGAAAUCCUACUGUGAAUCCAAAGCCCCAGAACGAGAUCCUAAGCAAAAUCCCUUAAAGCACACAAGCCUUUCCAGCCAGAGCCUCCAUGUGCUGCAGUAUGGAUAAUUCACAAGGCAAACAAAAGAUGCAUUUCAUAUUUUCAUUUCACCAAACAGAAUAGGAAACUCAUUAAUUAAUUUUUUUGAAGGGGGGGGAGGUUACUAAUUUUGUUGAUGGUAAUCAGGAGAGCUAACACCAGCCAGGCAAUAGUGAACGCAAACAAGACCCCUAUAGGCAGCAGAGUGCAUUAAUGUAAAAUAUGCCCAGACAACAUAACUUGUCAGGGAGGAUUAUUUCUGCUUAGUGAAUCUGCAGGGGCCCCUUUGCUCCACCACUCAGCGUCUGACUAGAGAGAGAAAGAGUAGCCAUUAGUGAGUAGCAACUGUGGCAUUGAUGUUUGAGCGCACUUCUGAACUGGCUUUUGUUGAGAAUAUCGGUGCAGAAAGCAUGCGCUGUCCCAAAUCCGCUGUUACUAUGAGAAAUGAGGAGCUGCUUUUAAGUAACGGCACAGCUAACAAGAUGAAUGGAGCUUUGGAUCACUCAGACCAACCAGACCCAGAUGCCAUUAAGAUGUUUGUUGGACAGAUCCCACGUUCAUGGUCGGAAAAAGAGCUAAAAGAACUUUUUGAGCCUUAUGGAGCUGUCUACCAGAUUAAUGUUCUCCGAGACAGGAGUCAGAACCCACCCCAAAGCAAAGGUUGUUGUUUCGUAACAUUUUAUACAAGAAAAGCUGCACUUGAGGCACAGAAUGCACUGCACAAUAUUAAAACUUUACCUGGGAUGCAUCAUCCUAUUCAGAUGAAACCCGCAGAUAGUGAAAAGUCCAAUGCUGUGGAAGACAGAAAAUUGUUCAUAGGAAUGGUUUCGAAGAAGUGUAAUGAGAAUGAUAUCAGGGUGAUGUUUUCUCCAUUCGGCCAGAUAGAAGAAUGCCGAAUUCUUCGGGGACCUGACGGGCUGAGCCGAGGCUGUGCGUUUGUUACAUUUUCUACAAGGGCAAUGGCACAGAAUGCAAUCAAAGCCAUGCACCAGUCUCAGACCAUGGAGGGCUGCUCUUCGCCUAUAGUGGUGAAGUUUGCUGAUACCCAAAAGGAUAAGGAGCAGAGGCGUUUGCAACAGCAGUUGGCACAACAGAUGCAACAGCUCAACACUGCCACUUGGGGGAACCUCACAGGCCUUGGAGGACUCACACCACAGUACCUAGCUCUUCUACAGCAAGCAACUUCCUCCAGUAACUUGGGUGCCUUCAGCGGCAUUCAGCAAAUGGCUGGCAUGAAUGCUUUACAGUUACAGAAUUUGGCAACCUUAGCAGCUGCAGCAGCCGCCGCCCAAACCUCAGCUACCACCACCAAUGCAAAUCCUCUCUCCACAACGACUGGUGCUCUGGGAGCCCUCACAAGUCCCGUGGCUGCGUCAACUGCUAAUUCCACGGCUGGUGCGGCCAUGAAUUCUUUGACUUCUCUGGGUACUCUCCAAGGAUUGGCUGGAGCCACUGUUGGACUGAAUAAUAUUAAUGCACUAGCAGUUGCUCAAAUGCUCUCAGGUAUGGCGGCCCUGAACGGAGGACUUGGCGCAACAGGCUUGACGAACGGUACAGCAGGCACAAUGGACGCCCUCACCCAGGCCUACUCAGGAAUUCAGCAGUAUGCUGCAGCAGCACUGCCAACAUUGUACAGUCAGAGUUUGUUACAGCAACAAAGUGCUGCGGGCAGCCAGAAAGAAGGUCCAGAAGGGGCAAACCUCUUUAUUUACCACCUCCCCAGGAGUUUGGAGACCAGCAUUCUGCAGAUGUUCAUGCCCUUUGGAAAUGUUAUCUCUGCUAUAGUCUUCAUUGAUAAACAGACCAAUCUGAGCAAGUGCUUUGGUUUUGUUAGCUAUGACAAUCCCGUCUCUGCGCAAGCUGCUAUCCAGGCUAUGAACGGCUUUCAGAUUGGCAUGAAACGCUUGAAGGUUCAGCUGAAACGCUCCAAAAACGACAGCAAACCUUACUGAUCUUAACCCCAGAUGCUCACUGCUCUUAUUUUAGCUUUCUUAGGACAUCUCCAUGCCCGUUAGUUCAUCGUUUGCCUAGCAUGUCCCUGUGGCGUCUAAAAAAAAAAAAAAGUUUCAUCGUCCCGUCAUUGUUUCUGAUGUCUUUCUGACCUCACAUCAUAUUUGGUUCUCCUACUGACCUUUGAUCUAGUUUGACCUUUGAAAUUUGCAUGUGACCUCAUCUAGCUAUGAAUUCUGGGAAGUCAAUGUGAAAAAACAUUGCUGCAUUCAUGCAAGACUGAAAUUUAUUAUUAGACAAAUUAAUAAUAGGGUUUAAAACAAAAAAAAACAAAACAAAAAAAAACCUGUGGCAAAAAUGUUUUUGCUUGCUUUCUUUUUUUUUUUUCUUUCUCUCUUUUUUUUUUCCUUUUUCCAAAAAUAAAUAAAUAAAUAAAAUAACAGACUUGAAAGUAUUAUACAGGGAUUGGCAUUCUGCCUGGUCACUGGUGACAAUAGCAAUAUGUGUCCAGAGGCACAGAAUGUUGGUUUCUAACAGACUACUUCCAAAACAGUUUGAGGAAAAAAAACUGUCUGAUUUUAAGUCUCUAGAGGUCUGUAAUAGUUUUUACAUUUUUCAGGCAGUGUAAAGUUUUUUGAUAAGGCCAUUUUAGGUGGCUCACUUUCUCAUUAAAAUAUAUAUAUAGAACCACUUUUUGUAGAUUAGUAUAAGAAAAUAUUUACCCUGUUUUAGGGCAAAUGCUACCUAUUUGUGUCACCUUUUGCUGAACUGACUCACAGUUAGACAAUCCAUGGUUUAAUGCACAUGAAAUUACCUAUAUUUUAUACUGUUUCAAUGUACAGGAGAAAGGUUACUGUAAACUGUGUUACGUUGGUGCUUCUGUGAAUUAAGUUGUGGUUUCAUCAUGAGUCUUACGGUCUUAAGUGUUCUGUGUUUAUAAAAGACAAGUUUAAAAUUGGUUUACUUGAACAACAACAACAACAAAAAAUGAGUUUAAAAAAAGUUGUUUGCUUAAAAAAAAAAAAUUUCAUGUGAAAAAUUAAAAACUAUUCCAGAAUAAGUUUGUGUUGGCUUGUGACGCAUUGAUGUCAUUUUUUUAUUGUGGACAAUUUAGAUGUGUUUGUGUUCAGCAAAAUGUGAUCGGUUUUUCUUUUAAAGAAAAAAAAUCAGUGAAAAUAUAGUGCCAAAUUCCAAAGGUACUUUCUUCCUAGAGCUUCAGUGUGUUUCUUGUGUGAAGUAAUUUGAUAACAUGGGUAUUUUAUUAUGUGUUUUGUAUAAAUCCCUAAUAUUUAAAGAAAAAAAAGAGGUUAAAAAGUUUGUUAACUUGCUAUCCUGUGGUCUUGUUGCCUGAAAUUGUUAUUGUUUGUUAUUUCUCUUUGAUGUUUUUUGUAAAACAUUGUAUAAGUGCCCAUGUUUCACUUUUUUAACCACUCUGCACAUCAAUGCUGUGAAAGCAAACCUCACACAUGUAUUUCUUCAUAAUGUAGGGAAACCUCUAAGGUGAGAAAGUUUUGAACGUUAACCCUUUCCACCCAGAGCUGUCUUGAGUGUUAAUACCUUUUAUACAUUCACCAUUUUUGCUGUUUAUUUUUAUAUAUAUAUCUAUAUAUCUAAAUAUAUAUAUAUACGUAGUUUUUUGUGUUUAUUUAAUACAUGGUUGAAAUCAGAAAAAUGCACAGGGCAGAUCUGAAGGACAAAAAAUUAUUUUACUGCUGUCUAAAUUUCUUCUGUAUCUAUAACUAAAAUUAUUUAAAACAGUAAUUAACUUGUGGUUUUCCUUUUUAGAUUUUGGGUUUUUUGUCUUUUCUUAAAGAGCUUUUAAUAUGCUGCUGGAAUAUGCUAUUCAGUAUUAAUAAAAUAAAAUAAAAAAACAAUUCUUUAAUUAUCUAUUGUGUGAGCCGCUCCCAGAUUGGAGUGGUUAUUCCACCAUUUGAAAACAUUGAGGAGAAAAAACAAUAUUUUUGUAAUUAAAUAAAUGAACUUUUGCUUAAAUCAGAUGCACUAGAUCUUCCUGGGUGAAAAUUCAAUGUGCACUGCAGUUAAACUACUUUUUAUGGAUAAAGUUUACAUAUGCUGUAAUGCUUGGUGUUAUCUGCCAUUAUUCAUAUUGACAAUAUAUGGGCCCAAUCCUACAGGCACUCACCCAAGUAACUUUACUUGCACCGGUAAUCAAUGAGAAUACGUAUGUCACUUAAGUGGUUGUUUGCUGGAUUGAGCCCUAUGUAAGGAACCUGCAAAAAGAUGCUGGUAGCCUUUCCACUGCCUUUUAAAUUUGACUGGAUUGCAUGUCUAGAGCACCAGUGACCAAAUUCGGUUCUUUACUACUGGAAAAUAGAAUUCAUUGCCAAUUCAAUGCAUGUGAGCAGCAGUACCUGCUUCUGAUAACAAAGUGCCAUAUCUUCUUCCAUUAUCUGUUCCUAUUUGGUUAUAUUCAAAGCGAAUAUAAAAAAUUUAAAAUUAAAAUUAAAAGUGAAGCCCUAUAUGAACAGCAUAAAGACACAGGUGGUGCACUCUGUCUCUCGUCCCCAACUUUGCUUAAAUGCUCAUUUUUGUAGAAGCCCUGGGAUGGAAAGGACUAGCCUCUAGUGAUGCAAAAAAGUUUCCUCCUUAUAGCACAUGCACUUAUAACUAAAUGAUCUAUAUUAUUCUCACAUGUUUUUACUACUGCUGAGGCCUUCCUACACCCUUUGAGGGCUAUUUUGUACUUCUUGCAGCAAUUUUGCUUAUUCAAAGUAUCAUCACACAUUAUAUUAUAUAUAUGCACACAUAUAUAUAUAUAAUAUGAGAAUAUAAUUUGAUUUUUUUUACUGUUUCACUAAUUCUUCUAAUUUUAUCCACCACAUAAAUUUCCAAUGGUUUUUCAGAUCCCUUCAAUGCAGCAGCCCCAGUGCGAACUGCAGGUUUCGAGUCCAGUUAGAAUGUUAGAGUUAAUAUCCGAGAACCCCAGCUGCUGUAAACCGGCAUAGCUUGAUAGACUUCAGAAGACACACACACAUCUCCGCCUAUGCUUUACACCAGCUGAGGAUCUGGCCCAGCAUUUUUAGCAGGGAAUUUUUUUGUGUUUCCAGGUGACAACUAUGGGUCAUUGGGGGGAAAGUUUGCCUUUAUGAAUAAUAAUAAUAAAAAUAAAGCUUGUACCUCCUUAGAGACGAAUUGUCUACCAGUUCUCCUUCAAAAUAUUGAAAGGAAAAAAGCUGCAAGGGUGCAAAGGGCCUAAUAAGAAAGGAAGAAAAACAAGGGAAAUUGUUUUCCAAAAUUCUAAUCAAAAGAAGAGACUAGUAGUUUUUCAAACAAAUUAGCUAAUUGCAAUGGAAUGGCAGUCCUCAAAUGACUAACAAGUUCAUCUUUCUUUCACCAUAGGGGUUAUAGUUCCUUGGCUUGUGCUACUCUGAAAUCAUAUUACUGUUUCUGUUUUUAUUAUCUUAAGUGCUAAUUAACAAAAGGAAAAAAACCUGUAGUUUCAUUACCUUUUGGAUAAUGUCAUACAAAAAAAAACUAUGUAUUUGUGUUUUGUUUUGGGUUUGGGGUUUUUUUUUCGUGCUGUGAGAAUUGUUGUUUGUAGAUUAAUAAAACUAUUAUUUUGUUUAGAAUUACAAACUAAUUUUUAAGUAUUGUCUGAGAAAAGCCAAAGUUAAUGCAACUUAGUGGAAACUGUAAGACCAUUUGAGUAUUGUUUCUGUUUUAUUGAUGCAUUUGGAUUUUGUUGUUUGAUGGAAUUUGAGCCAAAAAAAAAAAAAAAAGCAGGCUUUCCUAUUUCUACAACUUGAUUGUACUUAUGCAUUUUGUACCAGUGGAACUUUUUAUACUGGAGAUUAAAAAACAAAUGGAAUUUUUUGUGGCUUACUCUUGUGGGCCCCCUGACCAUGACUGAUUUUCGAGUUUGAUUUCUGGUUGGUAGAAAGAGAGUUGGUUUUGUUUAGAGAAUUAAAAACUUUGGCUUGAUAUAUUUUUUUUCCUUUUGCUUAUAUCUAGUGUUUAGAAUUUUGUCUUUAAAAAAAACAAGCGGUAAGUUUCACUUUUUAUUCUGUAUUGUGCAGUUACACAAUAAGAUAAUUAGAAUUAGGAGUACUCGGUCACUUUACGUGGAUAAAUGUAUUAGUUACAACUUUAGGGGUUUGCUUUUUUGCUGUUUAGAUCAAAGUUUUUUCUGAUUCUUCUGUCCUCAUUGUGAACAUAACCGUGUAGUUGAAACAGUCAGACUUAUUUUUGUAAUGUAUGUUAUUGUGUGAUGCAGUUUUUUGCUUCUGUCUCCAAUAUUAAACCAUUUUCCUAAUA